UAUUUGUACUUAUUGUGCCACGAUCACAGCCUAAUUGUGGCUAAACUGUGUCAUUUUCCGAGAUCAAUGAAACGCAAUUGCAUGUACUAAGUGCACCAGACAAACAUAUUCCCUCCCAAUAAUCAGUUCAAUAGUGAUCUCUGACUAGUGUUCAAGUGAUGACUCUACGCUUUUCGCCGCGCGCCAAAGCAGUCCUCUUUCAUAUAAAUAUGCAUUGUUUGGCAAUUGUGACCGGCAUCCGGGCGAUACCAUGAAAAUUGUCACUGGACAAACAAGAUCAUCCACAGCAAAUUCAGUUCACAUUAUUCCUUACUCGCGUCGAGAGAAUGUGAGUCUUUCACAAAUGGGCGGGAAAAGCUAAUUGUCGCCCCCACGCCUGAAUUACGUGAAACCAUAAUAUUAAACAGCCGUGCAGUUGAAAAGCUCAUAUUUGGCUUAGCAAUUGACCAGCUAAGACGUAACUUUCACACAAUUUUCUUGCGUCGCGCGUGAUCGUCGUAGACAUUUUCAUUCGAUAUUUACCGUUGAAUGAAGGCAGAGUUUAAUCUUUUGGCAGAGACCAACUCUGAGUGUGGCUUUGUUCUAAAUAUAAACAGACUCUCUUCUAUAUAAUCACUAACGAAAACAUUGUUUAUUUACCCCAAAGUGUAUACAAACAGUGACAGAAAUCGCAUUAAAAAUCUGAUACUGUGAAUAUUGUUGGAAAAUUCUUAUACAAUAACUGCAUUUCUGGGAAGAUAAAGACGCAUUAAACAAUCAAAUAGUGUUAAAGGUCUCUUCAUUGGAAAGAUAACAUAGAGUUUCCAAUGCACUAUUAAUCUUCUCCGUAUUGAAAUCGACCUCAAUUGUUUCAUCAGACACAGAGUGAGAGAACAGGAUCAACAAUGGAUUCAGCAGAAGGCAUAGCCAGAGUGUCUUCCGAUGGAGAAGCUCACGAAAUUCUCACCAUUGUGGCAAUAUCAUCUGGCGUCCUAGUCGCCGUAGUUAUUCUGAUCGCCCUGCGAGUCAAUCUGCGAGCGUCUAGGAAAGUAACUCACAGUGAAAAACGCCGCUUCUCCUUAUUCAGCGUGCGGAGAUCCGUGGAUAUCAGCGCAAAGCCCGAAAUCUACACAAUCGAUGCCAGAGACGCAAAGAUCACAAUAGAGAACGACAAAUAUCUCUACAUUCCCGGCAUUACGACGCUCUCCAUCUAGACGUUGAGAGAUUUGUGGUCCAACCGGAAAGACUGAUCUUUUGUACAAUUCAUGAGAGAGCUUUUUUCAUGACAAAAAUUCAUUGCAUAACAAAAAGAUUAAUGGUAUAAAAAAGUGCUCCCAAAUAAAUGCCCAUGGCUGAAGAAAGUGCUUUAAUUCCUGUCUAGGUGUUCAGGCGAGGCCAAUCUCCCCGAUCAGGCUGGUCACCUUCUCCACAUAUUGCUUCAUAGCGUCAUCC